CGCUCCUUCCAGUGAGUAUCUGUGACGCGGAUGAGGAUGCACGCACAGAGGACAGCGAAAUAGCGAAAUGCACUCAGCUGUGCGCUAACCAGGAGGCAUGCCGCCCUAGUUUCGUCUCAAAAUAGCUCUGACCCGAUACGCCGCAAAAUGGGUUAAAAGGAAUAUGGCCUGGAUCGCGCAAACUUUCAGACACUUUGCUUGUACAAUGAAUUUGGUAUUUUUUUGUUACGGAGCGGCCAAAUGAGGAGAGGAAACAAUACAGAAACGGAAAUUUGCACCUAGUAUUUUUCUUUACCCCCCCUAUUCUCUUUUUAAGACAUGAUUACAGAGUUGGUGUGUAGCGCGGUGGCAUUGGUCCUCUAUCUCAACACACUGAACGCGGAUUUCUGCUACGAUGACAGCCGUGCGAUCAAGACCAACCAGGACCUUCUCCCCGAGACCCCGUGGACCAACGUCCUGUAUGAUGACUUCUGGGGCACCCUGCUCACCCACAGCGGCAGCCACAAGUCUUUCCGACCCCUCUGCACCCUCUCUUUCCGCCUCAACCAUGCCCUGGGCGGCCUGCGCCCCUGGGGCUACCACCUGGUCAACAUGGGCCUCCACGGGGCUGUCACAGGCCUUUUCACUGCCCUCUGUCGCCCCCUCCUGGGGGGAGGUCCGUGGAGUCUUCUGGUGGGGCUCCUCUUCGCCUCCCACCCGGUGCAUACGGAAGCCGUGGCGGGGGUAGUGGGGAGGGCCGACGUCGGUGCAGCACUGCUGUUCCUCUUGUCUCUUCUCUGUUACACAAGGCACUGCGGGCUCCGCUCGGCCUACACGGCCUCUUCUAGGGACUGUCAGACCAGGGGCUGUGGUAGGCUCCGAGCCUGGACGUGGCUGUGGCUGCUGGGGAGCCUGGUCUGCGCAGCGUCCAGCAUGCUGUGGAAGGAGCAGGGAGUCACGGUGCUGGCCGUAUCAGCGGCUUACGACCUCUUUGUGUUCCAGCGGCUCCGGUUCCGCCAGGCGGUGGUCGUGCUCCUGGGGAAGAAGAGGAACACCACUGUACUGCUGAGUGUGAGUGUGUUGGUCUCCUGGGGCGUGCUUCUCCUGGCUGCUCGUCUCUACUGGAUGGGUAACAAGCCCCCCAACUUCUCCAACUCAGACAACCCGGCAGCCGACUCACCGCAUCUUCUCACGCGAACUCUGACCUUCCUCUACCUGCCCGCCGCCAACGCCUGGCUCCUCCUUUGCCCUGUCCAGCUCAGCUUCGAUUGGUCCAUGGACGCUCUACCACUAAUCAAGACCUUUGCUGAUUGGAGGAAUCUUCACACUGUAGCCUUCUAUGCUGGAUUUACUCUCCUGGCCUGGUAUGGCCUCCGUAGCAGCCCCGACUCCAAGGCCAAGGAGACCAAUGGGAAAGCUCACUUGGUGAAUGGGAAGGCCCUCACCAAUGGGCACAGCUACCAUCCUCCAGACGGCAACCACAACAACCACACCAUAAACUCAGAGCAGGGCUCUCCAAAGACCAAUGGGAAAACCACCCUCAACGGGAAUGGGUUCACCAAAACCUACCAAUGUUCCCCUCGGACCUCCCUAGCCACCCUCCCCUCCACGGAGAACGUGGUGGUCUUCUCCCUGGGCCUACUCUCGCUGCCCUUCCUCCCGGCCACAAACCUGUUCUUCUAUGUGGGCUUCGUGGUGGCCGAGCGGCUGCUGUACAUACCCAGCAUGGGCUUCUGUCUGCUGGUGGCGGUGGGGACCCGAGCCCUGUACGUCAGGCUGAGAACCAGGGGCCCCAGGGUCGUGCUGCUGGGUCUGUGCGCGGGCCUGGUGCUGCUGUACGGCAUCAAGACGGUGCUGAGGAACAGAGACUGGAGCAACGAGGAGAUGCUCUACAAGUCAGGGAUCAGUGUUAACCCCGCUAAAGCAUGGGGCAACCUGGGAAAUGUCCUGAAGAACCAGGGCAAGAUGGCCGAGGCGGAGAGGGCGUACCGGAAUGCCCUGUAUUACCGGGGAAACAUGGCUGACAUGUUGUAUAAUCUGGGUUUGCUGCUUCAAGAGAACCACAGGUCCUCAGAAGCACUGCAUUACUAUAAGCUGGCCAUUGGGAGCAGGCCAACUCUGGCGUCGGCCUACUUGAACACGGGCAUCAUCCUGAUGAACCAGGGUGGUCUGGAGGAGGCCAAGAGGACCUUUGUAACCUGCGCUGAGAUCCCAGACGAGAACCUGAAGGACCCCCAUGCCCACAAGAGCUCCGUCACCAGCUGCCUGUACAACUUGGGCAAGCUGCUCCACGAGCAGGGCCUGCAGGAGGAGGCUCUGUCUGUCUUUAGAGAAGCGGUGCAGAAAAUGCCGAAGCAGUUUGCACCUCAGAGUCUCUACAACAUGAUGGGAGAGGCCUACAUGAGGCUGAAUAGGCUGGAGGAGGCGGGCCACUGGUACAGAGAGUCGCUCAGGGCCAAGACAGACCACAUCCCCGCACACCUGACCUACGGGAAACUCCUGUCCAUCAUUGGGCAGAAGACUGAGGCAGAGGGUUACUAUCGAAGAGCCAUCCAGCUGGACCCUUCCAAAGGAAACUGCUACAUGCAUUAUGGCCAGUUUCUGCUGGAGCAGUCUCGUCUGGCGGAGGCAGCAGAGAUGGCAGAGAGAGCUGCAGAUCUGGACAGCUCAGAGUUUGACGUGGUCUUCAGCGCCGCUCACAUGCUCAGACAGGCCAGUCUAAACAAGGCAGCAGAGCGGCAUUAUGAGCGCGCGGCAUACCUCAGACCAGACUAUCCGGCGGCCUUGAUGAAUCUGGGCGCCAUCCUCCACCUGAAUGGGCGGCUGCCUGAGGCGGAGACCAACUACCUGCGGGCGCUGCAGCUCAAGCCUGAUGACGUCAUCACCCAGUCCAACCUGCGCAAGCUGUGGAACAUCAUGGAGAGGCAGGGUCUGAGGACCACGCAGGGGCCUUGAACCCUCAAAGACACAGGAAACCAAGAAAUUGCCCCAAGUGAGGUCCCCUUAAUAGGAGUGAAGGACCUAAAAAGAGGCUGGAAACCCCAGGAAUGGAGCAAAUAGAGGCCAGGGGAUUGGUGUGCCUCAGGGAUGAAUACCGAGGCCAACCCAAUCUGUUUGAGAUCAGUAGUCUCAUUGGAACGGUAGUAAGGGAAGCGUAUAAACCGAGUGACCAGAGGCCUGAGGGUUUCUAGGGUCGAUAUGACGACCUGAGCUGGGUCGAAGGACAGUCGAGUCACAUCAGGAUGGGAGAGGUUAGCUACACUAGUCAACACGGCAAGGAUGACAACUCUUGGCUACUCAGAGGCAGCCUUACUGAGGUCACAGUGCAAGGACUGGGAUAGUCCUCAUUAGACAACAAAAAACAUUCCUAAGACGAAAGCUGAUGAGUUACGUGAUGACUCGUAUCUCUGGGCCCAUUUUAAUUUAUUUACUUUAAUUGAAAACCUCCAUCCGAGACCUGUGUGUUUACCGAAUCACUUAAUUUGAGUUAGGAUGUGACUACGGAACAGAAGUCAUAAUUCUACUCCGUUUGAUGAUGUCAUGAGGUCUUUGGGGGCCAAACGUUGUACUUGCUGUUGGUGCACGAUAAACAAGUUGGCCUGAAUAUUUGCGUUACAUACAGGAUAGUACGAUCUGGGUUUAAUGCUGAUUGCACAUAAAGUUGCCCUGCGCUUAUCAUGACAAGUGAUAAAUUCAAGAACUAUUUCCAGUCAAACCCAUAUUUUGAGUCAAAUAAGACAAAACUACAAAUGAUUCCAUCAAGGAUGCCAACAUAUCCAAGGCACAACAUUUAUUCACGCCCAACAGUAGAUAUUUUUAGACUGUGCUAAAGGUGUACAUUGUCUUAUGUAUCAGGAUAUCCAGCAGACAAGUUCUUCCUGAUGCAUGUUAUGUAUUUUAUUGUAAUAUAAUUAAGAAGUUUUAUUUCAUUUCAUGUGAUCAGAAGAUUAUUAACUUAUUGAUUUGUGUUUACUGUCUGUGUCAACACCAACACUGUGCCCACACAGACAGACAGACAGACAGACAGACAGACAGACAGACAGACAGACACACACACACACACACACACACACACACACACACACACACACACACACACACACACACACACACACACACACAGGUUGAUCUAAUUCUAUAGAAACAACAAGUGGGGUUCUUAAGCAAUGUGUCCCUGCUCAGGGAUAUCAGGUGGUGUGCUACUGUCAGCCAGGCUCUCCAAUCAGUGAAAGAGUUUACUAAUUGAUGGUAAGAGUUGUUGUUUUUUAAAGAUGGUUGUGUGUGUUUAAAUGAUGGGGGAUUUGUAGCUUUUUGUCUUGUUCAUUAUUAUAUAAUUCAUGUUAAUUAUGUUCCCUGUAUUCCAUAAUAAAAAGACACCUUCAGACCUUGAGUGGGUUAA